AUGUCAGACCCCAGCGACCCCAUGGAGCUGGUGGUGAGAGGCUCCAGCAGCAGCUGCUCUUCCCGCCCCCUGGUGGCACAGGCCGGGUACUGCAGGGAAUCAGGUUUAGUAUCCGGUCAGUGGCACUGCCAGGUUCCCUGUUCAACCCACUUUCCGGCUGAAAACUGGGCACCGGCAACCCUGGGCCUGCGGUGCCGGCGCCAGAGACCAGCCCAUCCCAGCUUACCCAGACCCUCCAUCUCCCUGAGCCCCACUGGGGUCAUCGCCCCAGGGGCAAACGUCACCAUCUGGUGUCAGGGUCCGCGCAGGUACAUGAAGCACAUGAGGUACGUGAGGUUCUUCCUGCACAAGGCUGGAGACCUGAACCCGCAGCAACAGAUGGGCCAUGCCUGGGAUGGGGCCGAGUUCCGCAUCCCCAGCGUGGGCCGGCAGCACGGAGGAAACUACAGCUGCAGCUACCAGCCCUGGCCCUUCGUCUCCUCGCAGCCCAGCGAUACCGUGGAGCUGGUGGUAGCAGCAGCCGCCCCGGGGCACCCGGAUUUCACCCACGCCAACAUCGCCCGCCUGGGGCUGAGCGCCAUGGUCCUGCUCGUCCUGGGGCUGAUCCUGGCCGAGGCCUGUUACAGCCACCCGAGGGGGGCGCCCUAA